AUGUCAUAUAAUUCUACUUCCGACCCCACUCCGCUUGUCGCUGUCGCUACUGCUUCCUAUCCACCACUCGGCCAACCGGUCUCCGGCGUCUCGACUGACUCCACGCUGCCCAAUGGUUCGACUUCAAACCCGAGUCAUUACUCAUCAAACAUGUCCUAUCCCCUCGCAGCUAGUCAGCCUGGCCCAAAUUGGUCUUCGGCAUAUAUAACCAACUCGCAGAAUGCAUGGAUGAAUUGGUCAACCGCUCCUCCACCUCCUUCAACAGAACCCAUCUAUAAUGCUUCCGGGAAUACCACCUCGUACGGAAGUGCUUUCAACUAUUCAAAUUCAAGGCCGAACAUCAUCGAGAAAACUAGCGAACAUAUAUAUGGAGAACCCAAAAUCAAGAAUUUCGACACCGCGUUCGCGGCACCAGCUAUCAAUCUCGGAACGGGAGACAGAUUCUCUCAAUUGCUUGAAGCUAAAAUGUCAAUGAUGAAUGGGAAUUCGGGAGCGAGUACACCUGUCAUCAAUGUGGUCGAGGCAGGGGGAAGUAGCGGUCCAAUGACGGAAGCUCAGUAUCCGUCUUACGACUAUCCGAUGCAGCAAUUCCCCGCCCAACCACAGAAUCCUUAUCAGCCCGUAUCAGAUCCAUCGAGUUCUUCUCUCAACCCUUCGCCAAAUGGAUAUCUCACUUCAAAUAGAUACUCAACAAUGAUCAUACCCCCACCAUCUACCAACUUGUCAGAUCCUUUCAACGCUGACAUGGGCGUCAGCUCAAAUCCCCUUGAGACAUCGCAGACCCAGAAUCAGACUAUGACGCAGCCUGGAUUCAUGCCUGACAGCGACAAAUACUACUAUCCUCCACCACCCCCACCUCAAGGUGACAUACCGGAACCUUCUACCGUGACAUCUCCUCGAUCGACCUUGACUAACUUCUUGUCCCAUCAACCGAAUAUGAACCACCAAUAUCAAGAAGUUCCUCCUUAUAUCAAUCGAUUACCUCCCUUAGAUCCGUUGUCCAUUGAGAAGCGUCUGGCAGAUUGGUCACAAGUCCACAUACAACCUGAUCUUGUCGCGCCACUACCCGCUUCAGUACAAGAGUACAAGCGACGGACCAGUCCUCCUGUUGUGGGAGAUGGCCUCAGAUACGAACAACCCUCGACUUCCAACACAUCAACCGAUUACUUCCAACAGUAUCCACCGGCUUUCCCUCAGUCCUCAGCCCAGACGCAGAUCUAUUCUCAAGGAUCUUCUGCUCGGCAGAGUUUUAACCCUUCUCCCUCGGUUAACCACCUGCAAGCUUCUCUCUCCUCGUCGACACAAACCUCCAUACCGUCUUCGACUUCUCCGUCGAUACUCCCUGACGCAGUUGACCAGAGCCAAUCUCAGCCGCAACGAACACCCACGGUCACAGGAUGGACCUCCUCUCAACAUUUACCUUCAACCUCACAAUCCGUCCCUCCUCCCCCAACGGCUCCCCAGGAAGAAGCAUUGCCACCGCUUCUGAAAAUACGAGUCAAAGAUACCGCUUCGGCUUUACCUCCUCCACCUGAAAAUCUAGAGCUAGAACCAAUCUUAGAAUGGACAUCCACUCAACCUGCUCUUAUACCCAAAAGGCCAGCUCAACCUAAAGAUGUGAGUGGAUCCACCAAUCACAAAGGAAAAAAAUUCUCCUUCAAAACUUCGGUCAGUAGAGCUGAUCUGGGCAUGGGUUCGGGUUCGGCUACAAAGGGACAUUCGCAUAGAAAAGUAAAUGAGAAGGAGGUAUCGCAAAAUAAGGGAGAGAUAAGUCGCAUCGUAGAGAAACAUACGAGUAAAUCCGAAGAGAAGGAGACCAAGAAGGGAUCAGGGAAGAGGAAAAGGAAAUCAUCGAUACAUGUGGAAGAGCAUGAAGAAGAGGAUGCCGAAACCAAAAAUCAGUCGGUCAAGGUGACAAAACCACCAAUAGAAAAGACUUUCAUAGCUUGCAACAAUUGUCGUGCCAAGAAAUUGAAAUGUAACGGAGAGAAACCGAAAUGUUUCCAUUGUCAUCGACGAGGUGAAGAGACCUGCGUGUAUGAAGCCAUCCUCCGACGUCGAGGUCCAGGUAAACAUAAUAAGGAGAAGAAACCUAAAUCCAAAUCCAAGAAGAAAUCAGCUCGGAACGCCGAAGAUGAUUCAAACUCUGAUUCUGAAUCAGGGUCAACCUCAGAGGAUGCGAAUGAAACAUCAGUGCUGGCGAAGAAAUCGAAAAGCAGUUCGGUCUCAUUAUCAAAAUCGAAGUCUUCUUCUUCAAUAGGGGCUGAUAUGAAAGAGAGUGUAGAAUCACAUUUCGAGUCUUUCGGAUUAGGUGGAGGAGGAUCUAUAGGAAGGAUCGAUACGAGGAGGUUGAAAGAGGAUGAAAUACAGAAUAUGAGUUAUAUCUUGAAACCUCAAACCGACUUCAACAAAACCGAUGGUUAUGAUGAUCGAGAACUGCCGUUGACGAAUCAAGGUCAAGGGAAUCUUGCGAUGGGCUUCGGAGCGGGUCUGAAUAUCAUUGAUGGUGGGACGCAACAUCUUGGUGGGAUUGGGAGUAGGUUCGUGAUGAGCACUGCCAGGGAAUGA